UUUAUGCAAAGGCUUUUAAUGUGAACAAUUCCUCCUACACAGGAGGAAGUGUAAAAGUGUAUAGAUCAGCCUAAUAGGGAAAUCACUAUUAAACGUCGGGGGAAAAAGAGUGGUGAGGGACUUGCAGAUGUAACGGUAGAGAAACCCAGUCUAAUAUGAUGAAAAGCAACAGCAUUACGAAUGAUGACGUAGAAAUGGAGAUUCUACAAAUUUUGGAAGAUCAGAGAUUUUAUCUCUGUAAAUAUUUGGAACCUGAGAAUUACUACGCUUACUUACGAUCAAAGCAUGUCAUGACAGGCGAAGAUGAAGAGGAAAUAAAAUCUCUUAGAACACGCAGACAGAGGGCAGAGAGAUUUCUAGACAUUCUCAUCCUUAAAGGACCAGCAUGUUUCAAAGCAUUAGUGGACGCAAUACUCAGAAACGGAACUCAACCACAUUUGGCAGCAAAACUGAACAAAGAAUAUGAAAGAAGGAGAAUUAAUUUGCAUAAUAAUGGAGUAGAUCUGAGACUUAAGUCUGUGAGAGUAGAUCUGGACAUUGAUGUAAACAUGCUUCCAAAGCCUGUUACCUCAAGUGAAGAAAAGAAAAUCUCUUGCUGAGAGACUUAGAAGGAAUCCACUUCAAAGUUGUGAUAAAUAGGAAUAUAUAUUUUCAAUCGGUGUCUGAAAAUCCUUUAAACCUUUAUUUAAAUGAAAUUAUACCUUCAAGAAAUAAAAUUAUGGUAGCUUGAUAGCGAAUCAUUUUUACAAUAUUAAAAAAAAUAUUUUUAUUUAUUGUUUAUUCCAUCUUAUAUCAAAAGUCAGAUCACUUUAACUCCAUAAACCUACCCUGAAAUUAGAUCUUUUUAGUGAGCAUUUUUAUAGCAACUUUAAGAAAUGUCUUCAUUUUUAUCAGUUAGUAUGGUAUUAAACUUUUUGCAUGCAAUUUCGUAAAGCGCAUUAAAAAUACACCACAAAUUUUAAACUUUAACUACAUAAGUGGAAACUGUUGAAGGAAUUUUUUGCUCGCGGGAUUUUGAUGCCAUAAUUUGAGAUGUUGAAAGAUACAGGUACAUAAGAUGUAUAUUGUAUUCCUGUUCAUCAGUGGUUGUUCCUGAGAGUAUGAACUUCUGAAUUUAUCGGAACCAAAGCUUAUGUAAAUAUUCGAAUAUGAAAUGAAGUCUAACAUUCGGUACUCUGACAAUAAAAACGAUAAACCAAUUAAA